AUCUAAAAGAAACCGCUUGCUUAUGAUAUAAAAAUUAUUCGAUAUAGUACAAAAUGCAAGCUGUUUGCUUUUAGCAGAUAAGAAUAGUUGCAAGUAUUAUUUUGGCCUUGCUAUAUUUAAUGUAGAAAGAUGCGUCUUUAAUAUUUAGAUCGAUAAAACGCCGAUCACAACAACUACUACGAAGAACGCUUUAAUAACGAGGCAAGUCGGGCCGUGCGAUGUUUAUCCGCACUGCGUUAAAGUCUCGAUCGUGGGUACAAGAAAAGUUGGUAUGGCUUGCGCCAUCGCGAUCUUGAUGAGAGUUAGUAGUACUUGUAGAACAAUACAAUGCAAUUCACAAUGAUUGACUGUUUUAUUUCUCGUGGUCUUCAGCGCAUAGCGAGUGAGGUUUGUUUGAUCGACCAAAAUUCGAACAAGGCUUCUGCCGAAGCCGAAGACAUUCAGCACGCCGGUGUCUUUUUAGGAUGCCCGCUGGUGACUGGCACGUCAGAUAUCUACAAGGUUAAAGAUUCCACCGUAGUGGUAAUUGCGGUCUGCGAAAGAAAGCCCGGGGAGGAGCUGAAUGUGAAACGCAACGUUGAGGUGUUCAAGAAGAUCGUCCCCACUAUCGCUAAACUAGCAUGUAAAGCGGUGUUACUAGUUGCAACUCAACCGAUCGACGUGAUGUCGUACAUCACCUGGAAGUUGUCCAAGUUUCCCUCGAGCCGAGUGCUCGGCACCGGAACGCUGCUUGAUAGCUCCAGGUUUCAGGAUUUACUGAGUCAGAAGCUAGGACUAGCACGCACAUCGAUCAGCUGCAUGAAUAUUGGCGCGCAGGGCGACACAUCUGUUUCCAUAUGGUCGAGCGUUCACGUGGCGGGUACGAAGAUACACGACAUAAACCCACAAAUGGGUAAAGCGGACGAUCCCGAGAAGUGGCAUGACAUCUCUGAUGCUGUAAAUAAAACGUCAGUGGCUAAGAUCACACGUAGGAUUAUUUUUGAAAGAGAAUUUGGGGAAGUAAUAAAACGUUGCGUUUGCAGCGAAGUCGAACUUAAUCGGAAGAAGGGUAAGAAAGGGCCGAGUUGCUGGGCUCUCGGCUUCUGCACCGCUGAGAUUGUUGACGCCAUCGUCAGGAAUACUAAAGUGGUAUUGCCAGCGUCGACAUAUAUACACAGUUGUUCUCAUGGAACCGACAAAGACGUAUACAUGUCGGUACCCUGUGUUCUCGGCCGGGAGGGUGUGCACGCCACGAUGCGACAGAAGCUGAACGAUCAGGAAAAGACGGCGGUGCAGCGAUGCGCCGACGACAUCCGUAGUGUGUUACGCGAGUGCGGCAUUCUUCGCGAACCGACGAACGACGUUGAGGAGUGACGGGCGGACCGUGGAAGAAAGGAGGGCGAGAAACGUGGAGGAUCUGCGAACGGAUACACGACGGAAGU